GCAUAUUAUUCGCGUCUUAAUAAAUACGCCAACCGAGGCGCCUGGCUAUUGAUCGACCAGAUCACACUUCUGAACCACCAUGACCUUUUCGUCCACCACCGAUACCCGAGUAGUUAGCAAGAACGGCAGAAUUCUCGGUAAGAUCCCCACGAAGAUGAGCCACCGCCCUAGCACCCCCCGGACUCGGGAGCGUCGGACGAGGGAAUUAUCGCGGUUCCGGGAGCACAUCAGCUCGUCGCGAUCGUCCCGCUCGGGGCGGCACUCGCGCCGGGCGGCGCCCGAGAACGCCACGAGAACGGCGCCGCGGCAGGUCCAUCAGGACCACGUGGACCCGUACAGCUCGGAGUCGGAGUCGGAGGACGAGGAGGAGGAGGACGUGGUCGGCAGGGAGGCGGCGAUCGACUGGAAGGCGGCGCGGAUGACGAAGAGCUCGGACGUGAAGUACCUGGUGCGGGAGUUCGCGAAGCUGGGGCGGGAGGAGGAGGCGGGCGGGGAGGAGCCGCCGCCGCGGGUGGUGGCGGAGGACGAGACGUACUUCCCGACGCCCAAGGUGACGUUCCUGCUGGACCGGCCGGCGAAGCUGACGUGCGGGAUCUGCCUGACGACGCGGCUGCGGGUGGCGCGGCGGGCGGACGCGAAGAACGGCGCGGUGCCGGCGAUCCUGCCGUGCGGGCACGUCGCGUGCCGCGGGUGCCUGGCGCGCCACCUGGAGUCGUCGCCGACGUGCCCCUUCUGCCGCCGCGACAUGACCCACUCCCGCUGCGGCCACGUCGUCGCGCCCGUGCCCCUCGCCCACGACACCAUCCACACCCUGCCCCCCACCGUCCCCGACGGCGGCGUCGUCGGCGCCGACUGCCCCCCCUGCCGCGCCGCCAGCCUCGCCCGCGUCGACGCCGUCGAGUGGCGCCACCUCGGCCGCCGCUUCCGCCGCGCCCGCGCCGAGGCCGAGCGCACCCGCGACCCCGACGCCAUGCGCGCCAUGCGCGACGCCCGCUCCCAGUUCGAGACCUUCCCCAGCUCCGGCCUCCUCCAAAACCUCAUCGCGCGGGACAAUAUGUGCGUGCCGGCUCUAGCAGCUAGCCGCGUGUCUGUUCCGGGGGCGUUGGCGCUUCCUCGGUGGCUUCCGGCGCUCUUCGUAGCUCUCCUCCUCGCAUCCCGGCUUCACCUGCGCUAUUACCUAGUAUGAUUAUUAUUAUUAUUAUACGCACGGGUGUGUCGACAGGCCGGACCUUGAUGUCGGUUGGGAGGGCUGUUUCAUGCAUACCGUUCUGAUGUUUUGAUCGUAUGUUUAGGUAGGUACCUAGGUGCCUACUAUUCCCUCGUCUUCACCUAUGUUUACACUACCUAUAGACUAGCAAGUAUACCUAGCAUCAAUCUAUCAGUUCAUCGACGUCUCUUGCCAUCAUUAACCAUGCCGUCUCCGCUUGCCGUGUUGUGAUCUCGGAAGACUCAGACAGCAGGUGGCCGCAUAAAGGUAUGACUGCAUAAUGAUUAUAGG